CUUAAUUUGACGCAACUACUAUUGGUACGUCACAUGUUAAAUUGAGGUCAAUAUUUAAUUUCCAUUACGGAGGAACUUUCAAUUUAAUUGUAUUUAUCUUUUUGAUACUUCUAUAUUUCACUCGCUAUUAGACAAAUAGGUAAGUAGGGGAAUCAUUUGUUUUUAUAUAUAGAUAUAUAAUCAUUUCGUCUUAUCGAUUCGUACAAUAUACCUAUAUACCUAGCCACAUUUCUAGAAUACGUAACAGAAUCUCUGUCUCUGCCAAUAAGUGGUCUGCGGUCAUAACCUUAUCAGUCAUAUUUUCUGCUUAACUAAUUACAUCCCUCGGACGAUCCUCGUAGAAAAGCAUAUAGAAAUCUUUGUUAAUACAUUGUAAAUCGUUUUUAAAUUGGAAUAUUUCUUAGAUAUAACAUAGGCCGGUAUUGUUAACUUAAUAAUUUUCUUUACCUACGGAGCCUCGUGUUCACGAGAAUUGUGCUAAUAGCAUCGUCCUAGUAGCAUUAACCAAGCGAGAGUAAAACGCAGAGAUAAUUUAGUGUUUCGAAGGUGACAUAAGUAAGAAAAUCUGUUGGAGAUAAUUGAAGAGACUAAAUCCAGCAGUAUUGAUCUGGUGAAAGUCACAAUUCAGAUAUCAAUGAAGAGAUUAUCACUAUUUUCGCUGCUAAUCUGAUAUCUUUGUAAAUAAUUUUCAUAGAAAUUCUUAAUAUAGGGUGAUUCGACUUAUUAGGAAUCUAAAAUUAGAAUUCAUUCGCCCAGUGUUAAUCAGCUAGUAGUACUAUGAGUUCUGGUACCAUCGUCAGCAGUGAACACCUCGACGAGGAUAUACGGGAACUGGUAAGGGAGGCCACUAUCGUUCGCGAAAGAGCAUAUGCACCUUAUAGUAAUUUUAAAGUAGGCGCUGCUCUACGUGGUGAGAAUGGAACCAUUUUCAAAGGCUGCAAUGUUGAGAAUUCAGCUUAUCCAGCUGGCGUAUGUGCCGAGCGUGCCGCUUUAUUUCAAGCAGUAACAGAGGGGCAAAAGAAAUUCAAAGCUGUCGUUGUUGUAGCAAGUGGCAAUUUUACGUCACCCUGUGGCAUAUGCAGACAAGCUUUAGCUGAAUUUGGUGACAUGCUGGUUUACUUGGUUCCUGCAAAUAAUCCACAACAAAUAUUGAAGACGUCUAUCAAGGAAUUAUUACCGAUGGCCUUUUCUUUCAAUACAAUAUAAAUUGCGAAACACUUGUCACGCAUAGGUCUUAUCCAAAUAAGAAUAAGCGAAAACUUUUUAAGCAUUACAUGUAUCAAAUAUUUUCACAGAUGUAGAUACACCCAAUAUUGAAAUAUGCAUGCGAACAUGAGGAAUUAUAAUAUCCUGAACUAUUGGAUCUGCAAAUAAAUUUUCACAUCUGAAAAAUGACCUAUUUAUAAAAAAUAAAAUUAUGUGAUAUAA